AGAAAGCGGAAUAUACCUAUAAUACAAGAAAUAAAUAAAAAUAAAUAAUCUUCAAAAAAGGGUGUGGUAUAAUCAAACUUUCUUCAACAAAUAAGAAAAAAUUAACAUGUCUAAAAGUUUAUAAAAAAAACGCAUAAAUAUGGUAACUGCAACAGAUCGGAAGAAUUUUGAUGAUCCCACAAAGAAGUAUUGGAAACUAAGUAUAAGAACGUUAGCUUUAGCACUGCCCAAUAAAAAUAAAAUAACUCCUCGAUUUUGCAAAGCAAACAUUCCGAAUGAAUAUACAGUAAGCCGUGCAGCACUUAAAGCAAAAUCAACACCACGACUCAAUGCAUUAGCUGAUUACAAUAAGAAUAAUGCGCGGAAAAAACAUGAACGAGUAACAUCACAGACACCAGAAGUGUUUGUCAAAAGAAGUGCUUUAAAGGCAACAUAUUCGGCGAGGCUUGAUAUGCUUUCAAGGAGUCCACUAGUAAAACUAGAAACUACAUUGGAAACAUAUAAACAUGUUGGAGAUCAUUUUAGAAUGGCUAUGAGAAAAAACAUUAAUUUAGCCAGAACCAGCAUGUAUCGUGAAUUUUAUUGGCCCAAGUCAAUACCAAAAUCUGAAUCAAUUCCUAAAUUAAAAUCAUGUCAAUAUACUUCAACAUGUCCACCGCCACGAUCACGAUCAGCAACGUAUGCCGAGUUAGAAAAAUGGUGUGAUGAAAAUUCGCGUCCUAGGCGUGAAUACAAAUCAGAACCUACCUUAGUGCAUACGAAAAAAAAACCUUUAGCAGAAUUAACAAAAAAUAUUCACAUCUUAGCUACUCCUCGAUAUGUAUCAAAAAAAUAUGAUCCAACUGAAGCUGAUCGAUAUUCAACAGGGGUUUCUCAAAGCGCUAAAUCGUACGAUCACAAGGAUCCUGUAAAAUCUGCGUUUUGGAUAAGGAUGGCAAAACCUAGUGAACGACAAGAUCCGCCAAGUGGGCCUACACCACCUAAUCCUGCAGCUAUCGAAAGACCGGAAAAAUGGGACGAUUUUCAUUUUAGACCGGUUGAUGAGCGAUUAGCAAAGCCUCGACAAAGAAGUGCAGGCAAUAAUGAUGAAAAAGAAGAUCCAUUUUCUGUUAAUCCUAGAGCAUAUACAAAUGUUUUUUGUUCACAGCGUACCAAGGAAUUAGCUAAACCAAGAAAAAGAUAA